UUAACGACAGUUCCUCAUCCGCUGACGCGUUUCAAGAAGCUUGAGAUUUAAGACUUGUUUUCAGGUUUCCAGGUGUUAUUGCACCCGGCCUGACUCCUGUAAUAAAGUGAGAUGCAAGCGAUGAGAAAUUUCAUCCGGGGUCGCUGGUCCUCUGUUGAAAAGCUAAGUGGCAAAACAGUGGUCAUCACCGGUGCCAACACAGGUAUUGGCAAAGAAACAGCCAUCGACCUGGCCAAAAGAGAGGCAAAGGUCAUCAUAGCAUGCAGGGACAUGGAGAAAGCGGACGCCGCCGUGAAAGAAAUCAUCCAAAGCUCAGGCAACGAAAACGUCCUUUGCAUGAAACUUGACUUGGCAGACAGCAAGUCGAUAAGGGAGUUCGCUGAAGCCAUCAACAAAGGGGAGCCGCAACUCAACAUCCUCAUCAACAAUGCCGGUGUGAUGGCGUGUCCGUACGGGAAAACAGCCGAUGGCUUUGAGAUGCAGAUCGGUGUCAAUCACAUGGGUCACCUCCUUUUGACACAUCUGUUGCUUGACCUGAUUAAAAAAUCGGCACCAGCCAGGAUUAUCAAUGUGUCUUCCAUGGCUCACUUCUGGGGCUCCAUCAAUCUGGAGGACAUCAACAGUGAGAAGAGUUACGACAAGAAUAAAGUCUACUCCCAGAGCAAGCUAGCCAACGUCCUCUUCACCCGCUCACUGGCUAAAAGACUAGAAGGCACGGGGGUGACAACGUACUCUCUCCACCCUGGAGUCGUGAGGACAGAUUUAUGGCGUCAUCUGAACGGCUUUCAGCAGUUCGUCAUGAAGUUGGUCAGUCCCUUCACCAAAGACUCUGUCCAGGGAGCUCAGACGACCAUUUACUGCGCGGUGGAGCCGUCCCUGGAGAAAGAGAGCGGUGGAUACUACAGCGACUGUGCUCCUGCCAACUGCUCAGCGGCUGGAAAAGACGAUGACAUGGCGCAGAAGUUGUGGGAGUUGAGCUGCCGUAUGCUCUCCAUAACGUGGGAAUGAGGCAACCUGGAUUUAACAUCAAAUCUUUACAGUUUACGGUCUGAUUGUUUGCUAAUCAGUGCAGUGUAUCUCAUUCACUAAUACUGCUUGCCAAGAAAUAAUGUACCAAAUAUUAUCUGUAUGAGUUUUCUCCUACAAUCAAAACAGCACUUGCACAACAUGACAUUAUUUCUAAUACGAAGUAUAGAAUUCACCCCAUUUUCUGAUUUACAGAAAUGACCAUAAUCUUAAAUACAUUUCUAUCCAUUUUGAUAAUAGUUUCAUUAUCCAGACAGAAUUUU